AUGAGGGGUGGAAGAGGGACCUUGGGUAUUUGCCUGGCCAAUGUAAAGUGGUCACAAGGAGGUGACCUGGACAAACUAUCAUGUGGCCUUAAGAAAAGAAGUCAGAAGGGGAGCUCCAGCCCAUCAGACGUGCCUUCCUGGACAGAUCAGCCUACAGCAGAUACUGAUGGAAAGUCACAGGCCACCGUAGCGGCAUCCUUGGAAAUGAAACAUGAUCAGAGCAAGGCCGGCCUCAUACUUCACAGUGGCUCCAAAGUGCUUCAGUAUCUGAAGGAAUCAAUGGGAAGAAAUUCAGCUCCAGGAGCCUCCGUGAGCACAGCUGUGGUUCUGUCCUCUGCUCCUUUGGAAGAACAUCUAGCUGGGGUGUCCUUUGGCAUUGGGGAUGGACUAGGAAGUGUCUUGCCAGGAAGAGGGCCCAAAGCCACAGACAGCCUCGGACAGUACCACAAAGGAGAGUCCUGGGUGUCAGGACAGCCAGGCCAUCCAAAACUGAGGGAAAUGACAUUCCUGAAAGGAGCACCACUGAGUGCUGUCCCCCAGAGGCUGGGCACGGGGUCGGAACUGUCUUACCCAUAUUCUGAGCUGUGCCAGCCACCAUACGCUUAUGCCCAUUACGAAGCUCUCCCAGAAGACCAGAUGAGAUGUGUGUCCCUCAGCUGUUUAAGCCCUGUCUUUCCAGAGCGAACAGUAGAAGGCGAGAACACUCUCAAGUACUUCAGACGGUCUGCAGAUACUCAUGGGGUCACUGGCUCUGCAAUCGUCCAGAUUAGCAAGUCUCUGAUGCCGUAAAGUCCGAGCAGAACAAUAAAAACAGCAGAUUAAUUUUAAAGGUGGUCACCGUUUCUCCUGCAUUAAGUCUGGCAUACGCUGCAGCCACUCAGCUCCUGCUCUGACCCUGUGGCUAGACACCUCUCCGGUGGCUACAGAGGGACAUUUUUGAGCGUGUUUUCAGUCGUUUCAGAAGGACACUCAGAACUGGGAAAUUAUUAACUCUCUGUUGAGUAGGAGGCUUAAAAUGUCAACUCUUUAAAUGACCUUUAUUAAAGUUAUUAACAAACAACAAAGGGAGAGUUACUUUGAGAAAAAAAAAAAGUAAUGUGAAAGAGAUCAGGAGUCCUGGGUCUGGGAGAAGGAAAAUACUUCAUUUGUGACCUAUGUUCUGUUGGCAGAAAAGUCUGAAACUCUUCUGUGAUUUAAAAUUAUCCUAAAUUUAAUAUUGCAACUUCUUCAAAGUGCCUCCAUUGAAAACUGCAGUUCAACCGAGAAAGGACAUUUGCUUGCACAUCUCAGAGGCUAUAAAAUGCAGAGAUGGCAAGACUCAUCAUGGCCAGAGCAAGGCUAACAAGAAGUUGAGAGGGCAGCCCACAGGUCUCCCCUUCCUUCAGAUGGCCAGAGGUGAGUGGGCAUGGCGGCAUCUGGGAUGCCCUCGAGAAGAGGUUUCCAUGAUAAAGAACUCUGCUCUGAAUGGUUCUCUCUGAUCUUACACAGGACAGACCAGUCACCUAGAAGGAGAUGAUCUCUUUUACAUGAAGAUUAAGUAACUCUCCCCUUGUGGUUUGUUGAUAAUUUUGAUGACGGUUGUUUAAAGAACAAACAUUCUUAAGCCUCCUACCCAAGAAAGAGUUAAAAACAGCCACAGGAGCUGGGAACCUGACUGUGUAUGUCAUUUAUAUUGUGUGCUAAAUUACUAUGCCAUGGGCUAUUUUAGUGUUUUGGGAAAAUAAUAAAAUCUGUUCUUUAGCAUAAUAAAUUGUUUUA